AUGCCUCCAGGCCCAGGGAUCGAGCUGAGCUCGGCGAUCCUACCCCCGGACUCUCGGCCCCCCGUUCAGAGUGAACCAAUACUGAAUACCCUUGGGGUCGAGGUGACUGUGGAGGGCUUACCCCCGGUAACCAGCUCGCUGUGUCGUGAAACUGAGAUUGGAAAUCUGGAACAAGAGAUCACCAUUGACUGCCAGGGAGGAAGUGCCAAGCCCAUGGGUAACACCAUCAUCAUCAAAAUAGGUGGGGAAUGGUCAGAAGGAACACCAAGGCUAUGUGACUUACAGGUGCAUGGCCGGGAGAUCUUGGCAUCAGCAGAGCGGUGUGGACAUCCGCCGACCCUUUACGGACUUCGCGUGGAUUCCGUGGACUUUUCUUCGGCCUCCAGUACGGCUGUGUAUGCAUGUGACCUGGAAUUCUAUCACCAGUCGGGGUCGGGUCAAGUAAACUGCAAUGAGAAUGGCACAUGGUCUUUUCCCGCAACCACCUGCUCCAACGAAGAUAAUAUACUCAUCGACAAAGGCGAGCUGUAUGUAGACCGGGACCCCCCUACCUGCCCGGAUGAUUCAGUAAUCUUUGAGUUUCUCAACACAAGCACCUAUGAGUUGAGCAGCGUUACAAUCUCCUUCAACAAUUCCGAGACAUCAAAUUUCAAAGUCGAGGUCGCGGUUAUUGACAUCAUGCAGAACUCGAGCAGAGAGUGUGCAGUUUAUGAAAGCUCUUCAACGUCAGCCGCCCCUACUCCUAGUCCGCUUACUCUCUACUGUGAAAAACGACCCCUGGGGCAGUUCCUUCAUCUUCAGUUCAACAACUCUAUCCCCGGGUCCCUGGAGGUACGCGCCACUGGACGUCGAUACACGGGAGCUCUGGAAUGCAUGCUGACGAAGGAAGGGUGGGACUACAAGGGCAGGGUCAACAUGACGGUGUCGGGAUUAGCCUGCCGGCGGUGGGACAGUGUGUCAUCCGCCACGGCCAUCCCCGAGGAAAAGUUCAGUGCAGGUGCACCGGAGAAUUACUGCCGCUCCCCAGAAGGCUCCGAAUCUGUGACGGGCACAGUUGUCCGCCCUUGGUGCUACACGACCGACAGCAAUGUCAAGUGGGAAUACUGCCCGGUCGGACUUUGCAGCGGCGGAUGUGUGGAAGACUCUUCAGACAUACAGUAUACGGGGAUGAUUGACGUCACAGCGUCCGGCAAGAGUUGUCGGUCUUGGAAGUUGGAUGCAGUGCCGUUCCAGAUGCCGACGACGUUCCCCGACCGUGGACGUGAUCACAAUCACUGUCGCAACCCUGGCGAGUCCAUGACGAAACCCUGGUGCUAUACAAGAGUCCACCCUCUUGAAGCUGAAGUCUGUAUGAUCAGCAAAUGCCCCACCUCGCCGCCAGCCGUGACGACGGGGGAGGUGUUCUUCAAUCGGCCCAACAACGUCGUUGCAAACAUCGUCGAGUGUUUCUUCUGGAAUACGGAAGCCACACAACCUUGGGUCGUGCAAAGAUGGACUCAAGACAUUGGCGUCGAUUCCAUUUUCACACACCUCUGUAACGACAACCGGUCAGUGACGUUCUGGUGUAGUGAAAACAAGCUGACAUCAAUCAAUUGGACGUACGGUAACAUGGCAUGUGAUACAACAACGACCGUCACAUCAACCUCCAGUACAACAUCUUCAGCACUCAUAACUGACAUAUCGACAGGUGAUACCACACAGUCUACCACAAACACGGCAACAACGGCAACAACCACAGAUACAACGACCGGUACAUCAACCUCCAGUACAACACCUUCAGCACUCAUAACUGACAUAUCGACAGUCUAUGACAUAUCGACAGGUGAUACCACACAGUCUACCACAAACACGUACGACACCUUCAGCACUCAUAACUGA